CACAAUAGACUUGUGCCAGAGACAUCUCCCCUGUCCCACAGUGGGUGGGAUUGAUGUGACUUCGCUGCUUCUCACUGACAGCCCCUUUGGAAAGUAGAGGGGCUUGGAGAGGAGAGAGGUAUCCUUGCACUGCUCUGGGUGACUGAUAGUAGGCGUACAAGACACACACAGAGAGAGAUAUACAAUAUCGCAGCCUACUGAGAGACAGACAGACAGAGAGUGCAGGUGUUGAAGAGAGGCAGCAGAAGACUGACACCAAUGGGACAAGUAGAGGGACACAAGGAUGACAGCUGAGCUGGACGCACUGUGACUGCCCCCCUGUACCCCUGUAAAGCCUCCGUGGGAAGCUGUGUGCCCCCCUGCCCACCCUGAUACCCCCCUGCUCACAGUAGACAGAAGACCAGAGAAGACCCUUCUGCUCACCUCUGAAGCAAUGGCUACCAGUCCCUUACCAGUAACCAAUGAUAUUCUCCUGGCAUCUACCGCCAGCACUUAUCCCCAGGAUUCUCUGAGCCAGUCCAGGUCCGGCCACUCCGGCAUGAAACCUAACCAGGUCAGCCAGGUCAUUCUCUAUGGCAUCCCCAUUGUUUCUCUAGUCAUUGAUGGACAAGAAAGGCUGUGCCUUGCCCAAAUCUCCAACACCCUACUCAAGAACUACAGCUACAAUGAAAUCCACAACAGGAGAGUGGCCCUUGGCAUCACCUGUGUGCAGUGCACCCCGGUGCAGCUGGAGAUAUUAAGGCGAGCCGGAGCAAUGCCCAUAUCUUCUAGAAGGUGUGGAAUGAUCACCAAAAGAGAAGCCGAAAGGUUGUGCAAGUCUUUCCUUGGUGAAAACCGACCCCCCAAGCUUCCAGAUAACUUUGCCUUUGAUGUCAGCCAUGAGUGUGCUUGGGGCUGUAGGGGGAGUUUCAUCCCAGCCAGAUACAAUAGCUCCAGGGCCAAGUGCAUCAAGUGUACUUAUUGCAACAUGUACUUUUCCCCAAACAAAUUCAUCUUCCAUUCACAUCGCACACCAGAGGCGAAAUACAUGCAGCCAGAUGCAGCCAACUUCAACUCAUGGAGAAGGCACUUGAAGUUGUCGGAUAAGACUCCUUCAGAUGAUAUGGUGUUCGCCUGGGAGGAUGUGAAAGCCAUGUUUAAUGGCGGUAGCCGCAAGAGGGCACUUUCUCAUGGGCAUUGUCACUCCAUAAGCUCUGUCAAGUCCUCCACCGGCAUCCUACCACACAUGAUAGGUCAGGAUCUCAACCAGAAGAGGCCAAGGUUUGAGGAAGAAGAGGAGCUAGAGACUUCUAAUCUCCCAAGCAAAACCCAGCGAAGCUACCCGGUCAUACCAGUGCCCAGCAAAGGGUUCGGCAUGUUGCAAAAGUUCCCUGCCAGCACCCUUUUCCCAAACCCUUACACCUUCCCUGCUUUCGGACUCUGCCAGAAGAAAGAUGACAGUGACUCGGUCAAUAGUCAGAAAACAAGUGCACUGUCUGGGUUGUUCUGGCCUGGGAGGAAGGAUGCUUUCUACCCACCAUUUUGUAUGUUCUGGCCACCGAGAACACCAGGAGGACUCCCAGUCCCCACCUACCUCCAGCCUCAACCCAGCGCCCUCACUUCUAUCACCGAAAACCCCAGUUUACGGCAAGCCUUCCUGGAGCUCUCUGACCAGAGCGACGGAAGCAGCAUUAGCAACGCCGGUGACAAUCUAUUUGAGACUGAAUGCUCAAGCUCCCCGGUGGCCGGCGACAUCAGGGCCUCGUCUGAAGGUCGAACCAACAUUUUGGACGUACCCCCUUUCCCCAUCAGAAAACAGAACUACCAUUCAGCCUUUAGGCCGGUGGUCAAGGAUGCAGAAAGUAUAGCCAAGCUGCACGGCAACAUGGAGGACUUUGCAUCCGACAGGCACAUUUCCCCCGGAACGAGCUGCAGUUAUCAGAGCGACAGCUCCGACUCGGACGAAGAGCAGGAGGUGGAUGUGGAGUCCAACAAACAACAGGACGACGAGGAAGAAGAGACUCUAAGCAGCCAGUUUCUCCAAAGCAGAGGACUCUCAGAGAGCGCAGACAAGACCCUCAAGGAAAGGUCUCCCUACCCGACCCCCAGAAACGAGGAGAAACCUGACAGCCCCGAGAACCUUUCUUCUGCCACCCCAAAAGACUCCAGUCCCCGUCAUACAUCACUGGAGGAACCCUGCUGCAAAGAUGCUCAGAAAACCAAAGAGGACAGUGCCAGCUUAUCGUCUAAAGAAGAUUGUUUCCCAGACAAAAGCAAAGAGAUGCAUUUCUUCCCCACAGAAUCAGAACCAUCCGGAGGGGAGUUCUGGAGAGAGCUGGCAGGAGCAGCCAAUCAGGACAGCAGCACAGCCCACUCCCUGAAGAAGGAUGUUGGAAGCAUGGGAAAAGAGGAACUUCAGAAAGUCCUGUUUGAGCAGAUCGACCUGAGGAGAAGGCUGGAGCAAGAAUUCCAGGUUUUGAAAGGCACGCCAUCUUUCCCUGUGUUCAAUAAUUUCCACGAUCAGAUGAAGAGGGAGCUGGCGUACAGGGAAGAAAUGGUGCAGCAAUUGCAAAUAAUCCCCUAUGCAGCCAAUUUGAUAAGAAAAGAAAAACUCGGGACUCAUCUCAGUAAGAGCUAAAAGCGGAGCCCCGGUGACCCCCAAGUCUUCUGUAAAGUCACAUGACCAAUAACUCUGUAUAAAGACUGAGCCUUUGGGAUAACAAGCCCGACGGAUAAUGCGGACAACUUUGUACCGUAGAUUCAAGCAGCCAAUGGGAGGAUUUGAGUAACCACGGACAGACCUGCCCAACAAGGAAAGGGGCAGAGCCUCAGCUUCAAAUCUGAUUUGUUUCUCCUGCCGCUGCUUAGGGGACCGAGCCCGACUCUGUGUUCAAUGCUGUGAAUAGGGAGGUUCGGCCCAAGGAUGGGUUUUGUUUGGGACUGGACACUGAUUGACUCUUGCGCCUUCUGUUCAUUGACUCUGCCUGCUGUAUGGAUGAAACUGUAGCCCCACCCCCCAGGGGGCGUAUUUUACAGUUUAAUAUUAUGUGUAAUUAUAAAUAUAAUCUCUGGUCGAAAAAGGUCAUUUAUCAUUAUGUUCUGGUAGUUUCUUUCGCAUUUCUGUGGAUACAAAAGUCUAUAAUAAACACUAUCCAGUGA